AUGUGCGAGAUCCAGAUUGACAACGCAGCACUGGAGAAUUCAGAAGAGAAUGAUGGGGCUGAGAAGUUCGGGGACAUCCAGGAUGAAGUCGAGGAACUCUCGUUUCGUCUCAAAAUAGUCAAUUUUCCAAAAUUCUUGAAGUAUCCCCAAGUGAAGCAGUUUCUGGAAAGGUAAUUACGUCGAUAACUUUACUGCAUUUUCUGAAUUUUAGUAAUUUGAAAGGGAUGUCAUGGAGAAAGUUGAAGGCGGUACCCGGGGUGGCCUAUUUCAGCAUGACGAGCGAUGAGGAUACGGUAAAGGCCGUAGAAGCCAUUAAUAAAAUGCCUUACAAAGGCAAAGUAUUGGAGAUCAAGAGAGUUGCCAAUGAAAAAGAGCGUGUAUCUAGAGUAGGUGUUUCAGGUUUUAUUCUAUUGAUUUAGAAAAGUAACCCAGAGGAGAAAAAGUUGAAGACGGCUGCAGAGAUUACAACUCCGUAUAGUCACCUUGACUAUGACAAGCAAUUGGAAAUGAAGUUGGAGGAAUGUAAAAAAACCGCAGUUUCUUUUAUAAGACAACUUAAAGAUGCUCAUGCGAGUGGAGCCAAAUAUUUGAAAACCGAUAGUCUGGUCAGACCGGUAGGUAAAUAAAAUUCUAGUUAUGUUUCUUAUUUUCUUAAUUCUUUGUCUAAAAAGGUGUUUCAGAUUAUCCGAUCCCCUGUCUUGACAAACUACAGAAACAAAUGCGAGUUUACAAUUGGAAAAGAUUGUAAUGGAGAAGUUUGUGUGGGUUUUGUAUCUGGUCGGAUGGCAGAAAGGGAGAUUGUUGUAGUUCCCCCAUUCGACUCGGUUAUUCUCACCGAAAACACUUAUGCCAUUGUCCGGAAGUUCACGGAAUAUGUACGGAAAUCAGGUAAAUUAGUACAGAAAGUAGCCAGUAGAUUUGUUGAUCGCUUUUAUAGUAAAUAGUAUUGCAGAUCUGGAAGUGUUCGACGAAUUCCAGCGCCAAGGGUUCUGGAAAAUGCUGACAGUUCGGGACUUUGUUGGAGAUUGCAUGCUCAUUUUUACUACUCAUUCCGUUGAUCCCGAGAAUCUGAAGAAGGUCCAAGCUGAUAUAAUAGACCUUUUUAUUAACUUUGGUGAUGUUACCGACUCCUUGUCGACUCGGGUAACGUCGAUUUACUGGCAGAUACUGGAGAAUGCGAGUGAUCCGAUCAUCUACACUCAUCUUGCUGGUAUGUUGUUACUAAAUUUAUUUUAAUUUAUUCUUUAGGAGUUCCUUAUCUUUACGAAACGGUCUUGGGAGUUAGAUUCCGAGUUUCUCCUGCAACAUUCUUCCAAACAAACUCUCGGGGAGCCGAGGUUUUAUAUGAAACGAUUGGAAGUGCCCUGGGGUUACCUAAAGCGGAAGAAGAUAAAGCUCAACCAUUGGUAAUCAAGUACGAUGAAGCAAAAGAUUCUGAGGUCCCAGAAGCUAAGAAACACAAAGGCGAAAAAACAGUCGAAGAAGAGGAGAGUGGGAUAUCACCGAACAAGCCAAUAAUUGUGCUGGACAUUUGUUGUGGGGCCGGGACCAUUGGGCAAUGUUUGUUGCGAAGAAUGGAGAGAGGGUUUAUUGAACAGAGUCACAAAUUCCUCUGCGUUGGAGUUGAGUUGAUCAACCAGGCAGUAAAGGAUGCCCGGGUUAAUGCUCUCGAUAAUGGAUUCGGCGAUCACAAGUAAGCCUCGUUUCUGUUUAAAAACUCCGUUUCAGUUGUCGUUAUUUGAGUGGGCAGGCCGAAGUAAUUUUCCCAGCUCUGCAAAAUCACCUCCCACAAGACAUAAAGUUGGAAGAGAGUGAAGUAGUUGGAGUGUUGGAUCCACCCAGAGCAGGGAUUACCAGUAAAGUAAUAAUCAGCUGCAGAAAAUUGGAAUCCCUCAACAAACUUGUCUAUGUCAGCUGCGACCCAAAGGCAGCCUUAAAGAACGUCGUCGAUCUUUGCCGCCCGACAUCUAAGAAAUACGAAGGUGACCCAUUCAAGGUGCAGUUCAUACAACCCGUGGACAUGUUCCCCCAAACCUCCCAUUUCGAGUGGAUAAUACUUUUGACUCGAUAA